GUCUGUGGCAGAGCCAGGAAUUGAACCUACAUCUCCUGUGUCCCCGACCAGGGCUUUAACCACAAAACCAUCUUUCCUCCUCCCUUAUCACUGCACUUCGUCUCAAAAACCCAUGAGCCCAGAAUCUAGGUCAAAUUUUGUGCUUCGUUUUAACCCCUGCAACCAUAUUUCAUCCCUUGCAGCUGGUGUCGGUUCCUUCCAGGCCAGGAAUAUUUCAAACCCUGUAAAGCGUCUGCGUUUUACAUGCCGUGAGACACCACAGCCCAGCUGAUCCGUGUUAGUGGCUACCUUCUAAUGGAUGUGAUUAAGGGCCUGCUCCAGUAGCUCCCAUCAGAGUGAAUGGAGGGACUCCCAAUUACUUCCUUGGACGGGUGCACUUGCACCACGCAACUCUGGGAUUUUAAAGCCGGUUCCUGCCUUGCUGCUGUUCAAAUCGAUACGUUUCGUUAGGAUUGAGCCCUUAGUGAACGUCGUCCGCGGCGAGCGCUCUCAAGCGCCAAAAACUUCCAUCCAGGACCAAUUUUAUUUUGUCCCCCACUGACCCAUGUGGGUGUAACUCAGGACCUUAGGGCGAGGUUUGAGCUGUUCUUUGAGCUAUUGGAGUGAGAAAAAAGCCCUUGGUGUUGAAAAUGGCUGGUGGCGUGGACGGCCCCAUCGGGAUCCCGUUCCCCGAUCACAGCAGCGACAUCCUGAGUAGCCUGAACGAACAGAGGAACAACGGGCUGCUGUGUGACGUGGUCAUCUUGGUGGACGGUCAGGAGUUCCCCACCCACCGCUCAGUCCUGGCGGCCUGCAGCCAAUACUUCAAGAAGCUCUUCACCUCAGGGUUAGUGGUGGACCAGCAAAACGUAUACGAGAUAGACUUUGUGAGCGUGGACGCCCUGUCGGCCCUGCUCGAUUUCGCUUACACCGCGACCCUGACCGUCAGCACUUCGAACGUCAACGAGAUCCUCAACGCCGCCAAACUGCUGGAGAUCCAGGCGGUAACGGAGGUUUGCACGGAUCUCCUCGACAGGAAGAUUCUGGCCAAAAAUGACCAGAUGGAUUUAGUAGAUCAAAUUGAUCAAAGGAACCAUCUCAGAGCAAAAGAGUACCUGGAGUUCUUCCAGAGCAACCCCAUCAACGGCCACCAAGGCAACUUUCCAUGGACCAACGAAGACUUGAGAGACCUUCAGAGACUGAACUUCCAAGGGCAAGAGGACGAGGAGGAGCCGGAUUGCAACGGCAUGGACUUCUACUCACAAGCCCCCCCAAACGAAAGACCAAAGGUGAACGACGGUGACCCUGACAGCAACCAUGCCAUGUGGCUGAAAAGAGAGGAAGAGGAGGCCCCGGGAGCCUUAUUCCCACCUUCCCAGAAUGGACAUUACAGUGGACACGGCCUGACGGCACAAGGAGAAGAGGAGGCAGCUCUGGACCAGCAGGAAGCCAGCAACUCUCCCAGCUUCGUUCCUGGGGGAGCGGAGGCGGAGGAGGCUGAGGCUCGAGAGGUGGACGGUCUGGCCGCCAGUGCCCUGCUGCAGCAGAUGAUCAGUUCCGUGGGACGGCAGCAGCUGGGUGAGGACGACCAGAAGGACGACGACGGGGUGAUGGAUUAUUACUUGAAAUACUUCAGCAGCUCUCACGAGAGCGACGUGUAUCCGUCCUGGUCCCAGAAGGCGGAGAAGAAGAUCAGGGCGAAAGCAUUCCAGAAGUGCCCCAUCUGUGACAAGGUGAUCCAGGGGGCUGGCAAGUUGCCCCGCCACAUCCGCACCCACACGGGCGAGAAACCCUACGAGUGCAACAUCUGCAAAGUCCGAUUCACCAGGCAGGACAAGCUGAAAGUUCACAUGAGGAAGCACACAGGUGAAAAGCCGUACCUGUGCCAGCAAUGCGGGGCUGCUUUUGCUCACAACUACGACUUGAAGAACCACAUGCGUGUGCACACUGGCUUGCGGCCUUACCAGUGCGACAGCUGUUUCAAGACUUUCGUCCGAUCCGACCACUUGCACAGGCACCUUAAAAAAGAUGGGUGCAACGGCAUCCCAUCCAGAAGGGGGCGCAAGCCCCGGGUCAGAGAUGUGAGCGGCCUGCCCGCCCCCGCAGGGAACCCCGAAGACGGAAGCUUCGAAGCUGGUGGCGAGAGACAAGAAUCACAGGAGGACACCGAGCAGAAAAACGGCCAGGAGCAGCACUUUGAAGAUAGUUCUAACAAUGAAGCACCAGGAAGAUUGAAUGUAGCGGAGGGGUCGUCAGAGGGUAAAACACAAGGACUCUCCUAAACCAAAAAAAAAAAAAAAAAAAAAAAAAGUGUCACAAAAUCUAGUUAGUACUUUCCUCCGAUUUCUCUUUAAAAUAUUUCUCUCCCUUUUUAAAAGAUAUAUAUAUAUAUAUAUAUGUUUCCAAUCUUCCCACCAUAACCAGUCCCAUGGGGACACCUCGAAUAGCUAAGGACCUUUCGUUGGAAGGCCGAUGCUUAGGAAGUGUGAGAUCGGGAGGGUUGAAAGGUUGGUCUAGAACAUGGAAAGAAGCGUCCAUGCAAAUCCAAAGCUUUAUUUUGUGUCCAGACACACUUUAAAAAACGGCAGAGAUGCAUCUAUUUAAAAAAAAAAACAGAACAAUUCCAAGAGGUGAAUAGGUUCUUCCUGGACAGUCACUACAUUCCGUGCCUCCGUCUGACUGGAUGGGAAAGAAUUGAGUGCAGCUUUCUCUCCAUUGGAAAGUGAGAGCUCCUGAGGCCUGAGACGGUCUUUUGGUGAUCGGGGAUUUGAUUUUGCCGUAGGGAGUUCAGAUCCUUUCUGGCCUGAUGCUGAGCAAAGCUGGCUGAACUCACCUGGUGCACAAUUUUUAUAAUGAUAAUUGGGGGGGGGGGGGAAACUGAUGAUAUUUUACAUAUUCAUUUUUUAAGAAUGAUUGCUCCCGCCACGUAGGUGGGCGAACAGAAUUUUGCAAGGCUGCUCCGAGCUGCCUAGAUGCCAGGUGAAACUGCGACUCUCCCCAGGAGGUUUAGAUUGGCGCUUCAUCCCCGACUGGGAGGCAGUUUAAUCCCGGCUCUGCCACAGAAUUGCUGGGUGACUUUGGGCCAAGUCGUUUUCCCUCUCCGGGGCGCAGCUCCCUCAGCUGGAAAAUGAGGCAAAUGCUGUUUUGUGUGAGGUUUGGGAAGUGCUUUGAGAUCUAGGGCGUGCACGUUGCGAUAAAGGUGCGAACUCCUUCUCGGCAGAUGAACUGGCCGGUUAGGGGUUACUACAUGAGGGUCUCUUGGACAAAAACAGCAGCCCUCUCUGCUCUGUGCAAAGAUCUUUGGGGCCCUUUGCCUGAGGAUGUUUGCAGAGCCCUUGGCCAACGUUCCCCCUCACCCACCCAUUGGGCAGCACAUGUUUAUGCCUCACUCUUGUCCUCCACCCCAGAGGUGGCUGCAUUUCCAUGAGUGCGGCAUGUAUAUAGUUUGUAAUGUGUUGUAGCAUUAAAGGCCCUGUUUUAGUAAGAUAGCCUUGUGGCUACCAAACUUCUCUCUCCCCAGCACACUGCAAACCCUGCAUCAGGCCGGAACCUGAGCAGUCGAGUCAAAUUCCAGGCAACCUCAGAUGGAAUGGGCUAGUUCUGUACUUUGAUGACUUACUGCCUGGUCCCGUGCUUGGCAAAUUGUGCCCCAAUAGGAGAGGAGCGGAAGGUAGGUUUUUGCUAGAUCGGAUUGUUGCCUCCUGAAUCCGAACCUUGCCUUUCAAGACGCAGCAAUUAUUCAAUCCUCCCUGUUGAGUCAGACUCUGAUACUCCCCUUCCCCAGAGCUGAAGCUGGAGCCCCCUCUGAGAUAUGGCAGGAUUCUUCUUUAUCUUUGGGCCUGCUGGGAGUUAAUGAUCAGCAACUGACAAGAUGGGGCGUUCAGUCUUUUGCCACCCUGACAUGGAAUGGACAGCGGCCAUGUGACCAAGCUCUUAGCCCUUGUUACAGCAGCUUUCACCCCAAGAUCUCAAAGCACUUCAUUAGAUGGUUCUAUUAAGUAAAAGAAUCUCUCAGAGCAGGGUAACCCCCAAGAUUUUAGGAAUCAAAUGAGAGCACCCUAAAAGCAGUUAAAACUUGAGUUUUGGGGGGAUUUUUUUUUUUAAAGGGUUAUUUAAGGUCUCCCUGAAAGGUGCGGGCAGUCUUUCUGGAGAUGGAAGCUGUUGGGAUAGAAAUAAAAGCACUUCAAAGGUUUUGGUGUUGGGGUUUGGAAUUUAUCUCCUCUGGGGUCCUCAGGCUGGGUCAUUAAAUGCACAGGCUUCUGGGAGGGGUAGUUCUCCAUCAGACGGACACCAAUGUAUUUACUGUCCUGCAGAGGCAAAGAGGAAUGUAUUUAUUUGAAUAGCGGGCACUGAAAGACUGGCCCGGGGGAUGUGCACAGAGCUAACGUGGUGGGGUGGAGGAGACGGGCACCGGGGCUGACCGCACCUCAAGCCCCGUUGUCCUUCCCUUGCGGCGGUUACUAGGAGAGCGCCCGAAGCUUCACCCAGCGCCCGGUUUCAGUCCCAAAAAGAUGCGGGCGUGACCUGUGUGUGAGAUGAUCAGAAUCGCAGGCCACUGACUCCUUGACAUGAAGGGGUUCAGGGCCUAAUGCUUGGUUACACCAAGGCCUUUACAAUCGCACAAAAAGACCUUGAAAGUGGCUUGUAAGUUACUCCCACUGUAAUGGGGUCUUCGGUCUGGUCCACACACAGGGUUUUGUACCAGUAUAACUGUUUCAGGUAGGGGUGUGACUUUUGACUGAAGUAGUUAUACCAGUACAAUGCCUACUGUGGAUACAAUGAUACCAGUAUAAAGAUAUGAGAAGGGAAAUAAGCAACACUGGUAUAAGCCUCUUUCUACCAGUAAACUGCAUUCACAUGAGAGGGUUUGUACCCCUUUAUCUCUUCCGGGACUGGUAAAGGGGUCCAGUGCCCUCAUGUGGACACUGAGGGUUGUUGGUGGUUGCUAGCCAGUCCCAGCCCUGUGAUCUGAAACAUCUGACAUGGGUCAGUCUCAAUCAAUCCCUAUUCCCCAGCUAUAUAGAGAGUCAAGAAUACAGAUAUAAAGUAAAUAUUGGUGUGUAUUACCCAGCUCCUCAGCUUAGCAGAGUCUAGAAAGGGCACCUUUCAGCCAUUCUCCUGUUUUUUAAAUGCACAGUUCAAAAUGAAAAGAGAUUCUAGUCCUUUUAUUUUGAAAGCACUUUUUAGAUUUUAUUUUAAUUUUAAAGUGAGAGCAGGUUUGGCCGAAUGUAAACUGGAGAGGGAGUGAGAGGGGAGUGUGUGAACUGGGGAGGGGAGGGUGGGAGGGUGUCGGGGAGAGAAAGAUGGAUGUUUAUUUAAUGCAGAAAAAGCAAUAAAAAUUUAAAAAAACCAUUAUUAAAAAAAAAACUUAAAAAAAAAACAACCAAGAAGUCUUAGCACUUUGCGAUGGAACGGGUACUUCGAAAUCACUUUAUCUUAAUUUAAAAAGCAAAAGCGAAACAUGUUUACAAGUUGAAACCAACUUCUAUGGGAAAAAAUUAUUAUUAAAAAAAAAAAUUCCUAAAUUUAUUUUUGUAAGAAAAAAAAAGUGUAUAUAUAUAUUAAAAAACAAAACAAACCCCAACCUAGGCAGAAUCCAACGUCUAUUUCAUGGAAUAAUCAAACAAAAAGAUAUCCAAUGAGAGGAAGGAUGCUAAUUAGGUUCUGUGACAUGACCUGAAAACAAACCCCUCAGAAGUGAUUGCACUUCACAAAACGGAAGCUUGAAUAUUAGGCAGGAAUCAUGGGUGUUUUUGUUUUUGUAUUUUUUUUCCUUCUAUUUUCCUUUUUUUUUUUUUUUUAUUUGUCUGUUUGUUUCUUAAAUGUCUUAUAGCCAGUGCUAGCCCAGAUGUCUCUCCCGCCUUCCCCCAUGCCCCUCCCGCCCCCAGGAGCAUCUUAGCUUGUGUAGCAAGGAGGAAAGACACUGCUGGUGAUGUAGUUGAUCGGGGGGGAAAGGACCAUGGGACAGGGGCAGCCCCUGCGUUCUUCCUUGUUUCAUUUCUUCUCCCAGGGUCACUCAGCCAGGCUUGGGUAGAGGAUGAGAUACGUCUCCUGGGUAGAGCGCUCCAAGCCAAAAGCAUACUCCAUCUUUGAAGUUAACCUAGCGUUUCCCAGCUCUGCCACCCCGCUGUUUGGACAGCAGUAGCCUGAAGCAGGGAUUCAGGUUUGAAGUCAAUUUGUUGAUGUCUAAUUCCGGAUAGAGACUUUUGUGGCUUGAUGAUGCACCUAAACCCUUGGUACAAAACAAACCCUUCUCCCCCCUUGCCGUGAGCCCAGUGACUAUUCCAGAAUCAGAUGCUCAGAGUGGAGCCGGGGGGGAACCCACCUUACAAAUUAAAUAUAGAGAAAAUAAAGUAUCAAAAAUCAUAUCCCCCAUUGCUUUUCUUCGCCAACCGCUCGGCUGGUGGCCAGAUCUUUGCCCCACAGGAGCGCCCUCCUUCUGGCGUAAUGUAAAAACCAAAAAAAAUUUCACAGCGAGAAAUUCCCCCCACCCGCCCGAAAGAAUAAAAAGGGGACAAAACCCAGCACUCCUGAAUCAGCGUUUCCCCCAGGCCAUAGGCCCAGCCUUACUGUCUGAACGCGGUCUCGCUCCAGGAGACACAGGGAAAACUGCUGGUGCUUUUGCUUUCAGGUUGUAGUUCCCAUUUGCAGAGCACGAGGCUGGGCUCGGAUGAACUGUAAGAUCAGUGCCGAGGAGAUAAAGUGUGGGGGGAAUGUGCCCUGCCCCCAAGGGGAUGGAAUUGACGACCUAGGAGGUCUCUUCACCUUUGACUCCUCUGAUCCCGGGACAGUUGAGAUACAGUAGUCAGUUGCAUUUAGUGCUGGAAGCAGGUCUAUUAAACUGCAGGGGUUGGAGGAACAAGGGACCAUAUCAGUCCUCACGCAGCAGCCAACUAAGGGUGAGUCUGAAAAUAUCUUGCUGCCCAAAAGCCAAUCCCAGUUUCUCCGUAGUGUUGGCGACAGCGCAGAUGCUGGGUCCUUCCUCCGUGCUGUAAAACACCUUAAUCCUGGCCCCCGCCUUCCCAUCCCAAAGAGAGCAGAGUGGAGUGUCCCAUGACCCGGGCACUAGCUGGAUGUGGCAAGCCACCUCUUCCAGGGAUGGACCUCUGCUUAGCACUGGCUACCUAUUGCAUAUGCAAAAACUAGUGUGGACUUGUAAAUAGACAGUUACUUGAGAUUCUUUAUUGUAAUCAAAAGUUGUGGUAUCUCUUUUCUCGUUUGUGUUACCCCUUCUCUGCCCCCACCACCUUUUAAAGCUUGUGUUUCUCUCCAAACCUCCUUCUGCCAUUUCAGGGGUGGGGGGGAAAUCCCACCUCCACCCCCUUCCAAAAUGGACAGCGCAAAAAAAAAAAAAAAAAAGUCUCAGGAUUCUUGUUGGAGAGAGUGAGUCAGACACCUAGAUUCCUUGGAAGAAAUGAGAGCAGCCCUGGGGACUUGACAAUCCCAGCCUGCCUGCCCCCCACCCCCCAUCUUGGAGAUCCCAGGGUGAGCCACUUUGGAGGUGCUCCCUGCCUCUGAGAAUGAGCAAACAGGGACGGGGCUGUUCUUAAGGGCAAGUCCUGUCCCCUCCUCUGUGCUGGGGCCUGAAUUAAACGCCGAGAUCUGGGUUCCAAUCCCAGGGCCCCCACCCAAACCAGAACAAUCCCACACUUUGGGAAAGAUCCCCUGGGGAGCUGGAGCAGAAAACUCCCUGGUCAGCCGGUUAACUGUGGGGAUCUGGCGUUCUGGUCUGUGGUUUGGGUUGGGAGCCAUCUCUGCUACAAGACGGGGGUAUCCUUCCACACCCGGAGGAACAGAGGGCAUUUUCCACACGAUGUAGGAUGGCACUACAGCUGCCCUCCACGCCCCCCCGACCCACGCCCUGCCGGUGUCCUCUCUCCAGAGCGAACCACCUCUCUCUGUCCCCUUGGGGCCCCUUGGCAGAGGUGGGUUUGGAGGCAGGUCCGCGAUGGCGUCUGAACAGAGAUACCGCACCUUAUUUGUGAUAUGAGAUGCUUUUACCUUUAUUCGAGAUCCGGGGAGCUGCCGCGUGAGCUUUGAUUGAUACGUGAGUGCCGGCAACACUUUACCACAAGCCUUGAUAAGUUUGCACUAAAAACCAACCAACCGAUCUUCUCCCUUCUCCGUGUAGGGAGGCGUGGCCUCCAAGUACAUUCUGCCUUAACGUUCUGACCUGUCUUACUCUAUGUACCAACCGACGAUGGACAGACUAGUGCAUGCAAAACCUCCCCAAUCAUAUACUGUAUAUAAAGCAUUGAUUCUUAUUGUUGUUAAGAUUAUUCUUCUUCUUUUGAAAUUCAGGUUGUGAUAAAGUGUUGCCAAAGAUACUGCUGAAUUAUGAUGUUUCAGGAAAAAAAAACAACAACCCAUAACUCCUACGAAACAGACAACACAGCGGACUUUUUAGUACUGCCUCUCUUCGUUUCUUGGUACAAAACAAACCAUGUAAUUUCAGUAGUGGUAUAACUGUGUGUGUGGGUAUGCGUGUCUCAGACUGUGGUUUCCCCUAGACUGAGGGGGCUCCUGGGUUGUCCAGCCACCCUCGUUGGGGCGUUAUCCUCCUGCUGAUCAGGAGUGGGGGUUUCACGGGGGCCCUUUGAGAGCCCUCCUGCUUUUGGGGCUAGUUGAAGAUCCUAAUUGCACAGACGUGGGUUGGACUGGGCUCCAAGCAGGAAGAUCGCCCUUCCGCGUCAGCCGUGUACAUGGGCUCCAAAACAGGCUUGGAGGUUUUGACACUAAAGACAAACAUCUGUGUGGUCCCAUCACCCUCUAGUGUUGUGGGAGGAAAGCACAGAUUGUCCAAUGCAUCUGACCCGCCUCCCCCAGUCUAGAAGGAAACCUGCAGAGACGUGCAUGCUGUCCUGUGUCUCCCAGCCAUGGUGGGAUACAGAGAAGCCACCUGUGCUCUAGGAAACCAUGGAUUUGGGCUAUCAGGCUCACGGAGGGAAUGCUAUUGUCAUUGUUUUAAGUUAUCUCCUCCCCUCCUUUCCCUUCUCCUCCUCCUCCCCCUCCUGCUCCCCCCCAUAUGAAACCAGUGAAUGUAAAACCAUGACCCUGGCGAAGUGUUAAGGAAGGCGGGGAGAGGUGCGGGCAGAGCUGCCCAGCUGUUGUAAAAGAUCCUGUUUGCGGCCGGGCCAAACGGUGGCAAGAUCAGAACCGUGAGUUCCAGCGACUUCUUCCGUCAAUACCAAAGUAUACUCCACCCUCACUGCAGAGCGCUCUGGGGGGCGGGAGGGGGAUUUCUGAUGGGACCCCUUUGAUCCCUUCCCAUCAGACCUCGAUUGGCCACUGGCCCAGCCCGCCUGGGGAACUUCCUGGGGGUGAUGAACCAGCCGAGCUCCUAGUGUUGCGGUAGCCGUCUGACGUGAGCGUGGGGUGUAUUUUCCUCUCCGUUUGUCAUGCUGCAUGUGUCAGUUUCCUUUUUGUGCCCCCCCCCCGAGCUCCUUUUAAAGAUGCCGCAUCUUCUUGCUUAAACCCUCCCCCAGUCUCCAUUGGACCCACGUGUCAGCCCAGGUAGAGCUUUGGCUGGGCGGGGGCAGGCCCCAGUUCUGAAUUUUUGCAGGGGGGCGGGCGGGGAGAGGAAGCUAACCCAUGCGGUGGGGGCAGCCCCAUCGCUGUCAUGGGGGAGCAUCACACGUCCCCUCUGCCCUAGUGUGGUUGCAGCCAAGGCCGCUGCCCGCUCCUCCAACCCAGCCCUCGAGUCGCCUCAUGCACCAGAGUAAGGGGCCCAGGCUCUCCUUUCUCCCACGCCUUAAACCGGAAAGAGGGAGGCAGCAUCUUGGCGGGUUCUUUGUACUAACGGGACCCAUUAGACUCAGUGGGAAGUUGUUCUGUUGCACGUGGGAGCUAAGCUAGUGGCCGUGAGUGAGUGAGGCUGUGGUGAGCCCAGGCUGUCGGGGACUGGGGAGCGGGCGUUCCUGGCGAUUUCCCUCGUUUCUGGAGGGCGGAUCUCUGCACGCAAAGGGCUCCUUUUCCUUUAGCAUCCGCUGGUUAAUGCUGCAAGGGAAUUUUCCCCCGUCUACCCCCUCCCCUCCAAAGCUCUCACCAGCCACAGCUACUCUGAGCCCGGAGAGCCCAGCUCCAAGGAAGAGGGGGAUAGGUUGAAAACCCGGAGGGAGAGUUCAGCUGUGGAGUGCGGUGGGGGCACAUGGAGGUUUCUGAACAGUGCAGGUAUUAAGCCAUUGAGACAGCUUCUCAAGGGAUGGGUGGAUUCUCCAUCACGUGGUCUCUUUAAAUUGAGCUUGGCUGUCUGUUUCCAGUAAGAUUCCACCCUUCUGCAGCCACAAGGUGCCGGCUGGAAGCAGGAGCGGUCAGCGUAGGCAACCAUAACAGUCCCUUGAAAUCGACAAACCGAUGUAAGUCCCUAGAUCACCCCACAACAUUUGGGAUGCUUGAAAUAACCCCGUCUUGAGCCCAUCCGUCAAGUUAGCAAACCAAAAGCUCUGCCUGUAUUCUCAAAAUGCCGGUGUGAGGAGCGUUCAGGAGGCCUGAUUCGACUAUUUAAAAAAAAAUCUAUCUAUAUUUAUAUUUUUGAUUUAUUAUGAAAGUUUUAUUUAAAUAAAGAGGAACACUUUUUAAAGAGCAGGUAGCGGAUUUAGCUUCCUAGUUGGGAACCUGUGUGGGUAGCGUUUGUACUGCCUGGGACAAGUGACGAGAUGCUGUAUUGAAGUUAUGUUUUCUAAAAAAAAAUAUAUAUAUAUAUAUGUAUACACACACACAGAGAUUAAUCUUUAAUCUGAGGUGGGUAGAUUUUAAACUCUCCCAUCACCUCCCCUGAAAUCAACUGAUUUGAUACCAGGAGGAAGAAAGAGAAUAUUAAGGAUAGGGCCCCAUUUCCUGUGUCUUUAUAUAUAAACAAACAAACAAACAAAAAAGAAUUCUAUAUAUAAAGCACUCGCAAGUUUCAUCAGUUUUAUGUGUAAACUACUUUGUGUGGUAUCUGGGUAAUGAGCGAGGCACAGAAAAGCACAGAAAAGACAUUCCAUAGAUUGUAACUUUGGUAGUUCUUUAUAAAGUGUGGGAGACGAGAAAAAAAAAUAAUAAAAAAAAAUGCACUUUUUGGGGGCGUUAAAAAAAAUAAAAGAUAUAUAUUAAAAAUAUAAAAAUGCAACAGUUUUUUCUUCUUGUAUAUAAGAACCACUAAAACCCAACCAACAGGAAAGUAACAAUCUGCCCGUUACGUACUUGGGGGGGAGCUUUGGGUUUUUUAAAACUUGUUUAAAAUCAGAAGAGAAGACAAGGAAAAAUAUAUCUGUGGGCUAAAGCGUGAGGCAAGCUAGGAUCCUGGCGGGACGAGAGGCAGCGGCUAACACGCGUACUCCUGGCAUGUCACCAAAUGCAUGGCGAUUCCAGUAUUUUCCCCUGCUUUCCUCAGGGGUGAGAGUUUAGGCCCCAUUGCAGUUGAUGUUCACCCCAGAGCAUAGAGGCUAAUGGCCCCGGGCUGGGGCAUUGAGCUGAGUGGGUGCACAGGCCUAGCGGAUCCGCAGGGAACUUGGUGCUAGUCGCUGCCACGAGAUAGUGGAUCAGAGGGGGAGGACAACCCUCUUAUGCCUUCCCGGUGUACAAACCUCAGCCCCCCCCCAUCCUGGUCGUCAGCUGGCGUAAAGCACCCGUGGCUCUCUGGACUGAACGGAGCGAAGCCGGUUUAGCUGGCCUGCAGCCGGUCAGGGGAAAUUGUUCGGACGGGUGUUUGCAUUGAAGCUGAUUUCCCUUUGGGUUGAUUUCGCUUUUCUUUGGAUUUGGGCUGGGCAGGCUCCGGCCCGGCAGGCGGUUUGGAGCUUUGUUAACUAGGUUGCUGCUUUUGGAUUUUUUUUCUCCUCCUUCCCCGCCCCCCAGCACUGAGCGGGGAACGCUGUAGGGAGGACGAUGGCGAUUGGGGUUUUAGAGCCGUGCUCUUGGCUUUACGUUUGCUGAAGGAGGGCAGGGGCGUCUUUGGAUGGGGCCAAUGCUCAGUCAUUUGCCUGCAUCCCGCUCCUCCUCCUCACUGGGCUUUGGGUACUGGCUUUUUUUGAAAGCUGCCGGGCUCACUUGUUUGCUGGGCGCCUGGCACCUGGACUCGUGACUUUGUUUCACAGCGACCAGCCACGUCGGACUCGCCCUUCUGUCCGGCGCCAUUUAUACGAGGGAGCUGAUCCCAUUCGCCCCGGACGUGGGUCUGGCAAGUCAGAUCCCCGUGCUGAGGAAGCCACGCGUAGGUGGUGGGGGUGAUGGGGGGGCAGAUCUGCUUUUUAGUCCCCAAGACUGUGGGGCACAAUCCUCAGCUGAUGUCAAUCUGCAUCGCUCAGUGGAAGCCAGUGGGGUGAUGUUGGUUUAUGCCAGCUGAGGAUCCAGCCCUGGGUCUACACUGUGAAAACGACCUGGGUUGGAAAGCGGGUGGCCGGUUGUGGCUUUUCCCCAACACUGCGUUCCUGUCAGCGUUCUCCCCUGGACCAGUGGGGAUCUGUCCUGGCUGGUUCCCGUUGGAGCAGAGGGCACAGCGAGGUGUCUAAGCCACCUCUGCAACAGGGGGUGUUGAUCUCAGUCCUGGCCCAUUCCCAACCCCAGCUGGAGGGAGGACAGGAGGGGCUGCUAAAGUUUUGGGGGCCAAACUCUACCCAGGGGUACCAGGUCAGUGGCUGUCCUCCCGACUGACCGGGCUGGGUGCUGGAGUAGAAUCAGAAUCUGGCCCUUUGGUAGUCCUGGUAUUGGAGAGAGGCACGUUUCUCCCAAGCUACCCGGGGCUAGCGACAAAAUAACUCCGAGCACUUUGCCUGAAAUAUUAGGUCCCGUCUGAGGUUCUGCUGGGUUCUAAUGCAAGCAGCGUGUGCCAGGCCUGGCUUCUGGACUGGCUUUCGCCAGCAUAGACAAGGCCUUAGUGAGCUCAGGGCCCCGACUGAGUCAGCAGAUUUGCAGAAGUUUGGGAUUAUGCAAGCCACGUCUGCCAGGUGCGAGCUACCGCCCCAGGAGCUAACCGCCUGGGGUUGAGUUAAUUGUGCCAGUUGGGCUUGGGACCGACUAACCUGCCUGCAAUUCGAAACGACGGAUCCCUAAGGAUCCCUGCCAGUUUGUUUCUAUCCCGGGCCCCAAGAUGAACCCCAAAGUCCUUUGGCAGGAAAAACUUACAUGGAAGUGAGGCCUGGAGGGUAGAAGAGGCCAGAGGCAGCGAGCGUGGGAAGGGGGCGGGGGUGACACUUAGGUUGGAAAUCAGGCAUUUGACUUCCUGGCUAAAGGCCAGAAUGGACUUGCCUCACCACUCACUUCAGUUGGGUUUUUCCCCCCUCGUGAGCAGUAUUAUCCUGGAUGGGCUGCUGAGGAAGGGAGCGUUUUCAGUCAUCUUCCUGGGGUGGAUCCACUUGUUUUAAACUGGCUCAGUUGGGAAGCAGCCCUGAAUUCCCCCCCACACCCGUCCUAGAAGAAAGAAACCAACCAAUGACUCUACCCCAGCCCCAGACUAAUCAAAGAACCCAACUAAUUUUGCCCAGGAUGUAGCAUCUUCCUAGCAACCCCCCUUUUAAAACCCAAGCGACGAGGCGAGCGAGGUCGUAUCUUGUCUGGGCCCCAGUUCCGAUGGCGGGAAAAUGGCCAGCUGUUGGGCUCACCACACAGCUGUGUGGCUCGAACGCUUGGCUCGCUCCCCACCAGCCGCCAAGCCAAGAGACGAUGCGACCUCGCCCUCCUUGUGGCCCGAAUAGCCGGGGCCUGACAGCGCUGCAAACAACCAUUUUAAAGUCAAGUCAAGUCAUUUUAACGUCCUCGCCCUGCCCAUCUCCUGCUGAAACCGACAGUGACCCCAGGGAUGCUGAAGCAGUGACUCUCCCCCGCCCCCCCACAGUAGCUCCCGCCUGUAAAUGGGCUGCCCUGAAAUGGGGGCUCAGGCCAAUUCUGGUGUCACCGCGGGCUCCCCCACCUCGCUCUGUAGGCGUUGUGUCUCCUUUAUGAUUCCAGUAGUGACAGAUGGUCAGGGCGGCUGCUCACGCCCGAAGGGAAGCGGGCCGGCGAAGGCCUGGCUGGUUUGCUGGGAGACCUGGGUAUUAUUAAUUAUUAUUUUUUUAUUAUUAUUAAUCGAUGUCCAGGCUGGGGCAGCCACCACUAAUGUCAAGUCUGCGCAGGCCGCGUGCCCGUCCCCUGGCUUUUCUGUCUGUAAGGAGACGCCAGUUGAAACGCUGCAUUUGAUUCUUUUCUACUCUUGUUCAGGAUUGGUUGCUGACUAAAAUGAACUCAAUUGUACGUUCCUUUCCAUCUAUUGUACUGUAAUAGAGAAAUGGUCAUUUUUUGCACUAAUAGAUUGUUUUCUCUCUGA